UAAAGCUUCUAAGUAGUACUAGUACGUGAGCUUCUCUAUCACUAGUGCAUGUGUGCGUGUGUUCACUGAUUCAACUACAUGUAUGUGCAGCAGCUGCAUCUUCUCUCUUUGCUGCUCUCCAAUUCUCUUCGCUUGAUCCUGGGAAGCUAGAUACCCCGUAGUCUAGCUAACACGUCUGACUUCGAGGCGACAACCAGAGGAGCCGGCGGCGACUACCCGAUCCAAGAGCGGGGGGGCGGGGAUGUAGCCAUGCCGGACGUCUUCUUGAUGCCGCCGCCUCCGCCGCCUCUGCCAGCCGGCGAGCCGCGGGACGAAUAGCCAGUGGCGCCGCCGAUGCCACCGGCCGAGACCGUGGUGGCAACUGUCCUAGUUCCCGCGGUCCGCAUUCCCAUGCGCCGCUAUCUGGAGAAGGCAGCCUCGGCGCCGCGGCCGCAGGCGACCGGCGCCUUGAGCUCGUCAGCCCUUGACAUCGAGGCGACCAGUGCCGCGCCCGCAGGCUGGGUACGCGGGGGUAGAACUGGCGCCCUAAACGAGGCGUCCCUUGACGUCCAGGCCAAGCUCCGGGUGGAGGCAGUGGCACUCAAGCGCUGCAACGAGGCCUACUUGGAGUCGCGCACCGCCAUCCGAGAUUAUCAUAACCUCCGCGCGACCGCCUACAACUCCAAGGUUCGGGAGCUGGAGGCGCAGACGGCCCAUCUCGCUGAAAGCCGGCAUAAAGGCUAAUGCCGACGUGCAGCAGCAGUUGGGCGAAGUCAAGACCGCCCUUCGUGGCAAGGAGGCGGAGUGCAGCAAGCUGGCGGAGGAGCGGGACCGCCUGGCCGCCCAACUUGCCUAACAGGCGAAAAACCUCAAGGCGGCCCAGCUGAAGGUGGAGACGGCAGAGACCAGCCUCCUUGCCGAGUUUGAGCUCGAGGGCUCUGCCUAGGCCGACAAGGAGGCCUAGGUGACGGCAUGCUUCAGCAGCAUUGAGGACUUGGUCGAUGGUAAGCCCUAUUCUCUUAGUUUCUUGUCUUGAGUUAUCAGUCCUUUUUUUAUAACCUUGGCCUUUUUCUUCCUCUGCCCGGACAAACAUCUUCCCGGGCCAUUCUGUAGCCGCCACCCAGAUGAUUGAGGCCCAAUGCGAGGAGCAAAGGGCAGAGGGUGCGCAGAUCACCGCUGAUGCCCCCCGGACCCUUGCUGAAUAGGUCCUCAGCAUUCAGGCCCGGCUUCGGCCCGCUCACCGCUUGCUACGUCGCCUGCAGUGCAUCGGAGCCUAGGCGGUCUCUGCCCUCUGGACAGGCUUGCCGGCCCCACGCACCCCAAGUCGGACUACCGACUGGCUGGAGGUGGCGGCGGGCCACCUGGAGGCCUAGAAGGGCUCAGCAGCCCGGGCAGGAGCGCGCUGGGCCUUGGAAUUCGUCAAGGCGUGGUACCCUGGGCUAGAUCUAGCCCAGUUAGCCACGUUUCGACUGGAGGCGCAGGAGGAGCUGGUGGCGGUGGAAGCUGAGCUUGUCAGCAGGGCAGUGGCGAUCGCCGAGUUCACCGACACCAGCGUCUUCGUCCCGGAGGUGGUCGAGGAAGGCGGUGAAGCUCCGCAUGAAUGGCUUGGGCUAAACCCAGAAGACAGCAAAGACUCCGCCGAAGUCAUCGCCUCCAGCGACGAGGGGGAGGACGGGGAGGAGGAAGAGGAGGAGGAGGAGGAGGAGGAGGAGGAGGAGGAGGAAGACGAGAGCGACGUCGACAUGCCGGAGGUCGAGGCGGACGGUCAGCCCCAACCUGACCGGGCCUCAAGCAACGAGCCACGCAUCGAGGUGCCGCCCGCUACUGGAGGCGUUCAAGUGGGGGUGGACCUGCCGCCCGUUCCUCCGACGGAUGCUACCGACUUCGUCCUCCAGCACUCCAAUGCUCCGCCUGCUGCCAGCGAUCCCUCUGCUCAGACGGAGCCGCCUGCCGCGCCAGGUGGCAUGGCCGACUCCAAUGUUCAGUUAGAGCCCUUGGCCACGCCAUCCGGCACCGGCCAGUCGGAGCCUUCUGCCGCGCCAACCGGCACCGCUCAGCCGGAGUCCUCUGCUGCGCCUUAGGAUUUUUUCUGUUUUCUGCUUGCUACUUUGAACACUUUGGUUAAAUUCGCACAAUUCCACCCGCGAGGUGUAUAUCAAACUCUAUUUGAAUGCUGGCCAGAGGCCUUUAUCCAUGUAAAAAUAUUUUAUCA